AUGGCUCCCCCGUCAGCCGGAGUAACGAAGCGCAGGGCGCGCACAUUUGUGCGCACCCGCGCCGCCACGACGCCCAUCGCCGCCUACGCACCACCGCCUCCACCGCGCCUCACCGGCGCAGAUCUACGGCAGUCCCCCUUCCCGCUGCCCCUGCCUCGACUUCCGGGAACAGGAGCUGCGGAAAAGAAGAGAGCAACGACGCCGCCAGAGCGGCCUUCACCACCGAAACCCAGCGCGAGGACUACCCCGCCCGUCACACUCUCCAUGCCCUCACUGGACAUGGAGACAACGCCGCCGCGCACUUUCUCUUUUGCGCCCACCAACCCCUUUUCGCCGCCCUCCAUGUCCAGGCCGGACACGGAGACAACACCGCCGCGCUCAUACGCGGCGGUGCUCAACACCAACCCCGACUCGCCGCCGCACGCGCCUCCGCAGUUCCGGCUUUACCAGCGCUACCUUGCCGGCCUGGAAAAAGCGACGGGACUCUCCUGGUUCGCCUACGCCCCCCCGGCGGAACGCGCCUUGAAGCUGGCCAUCAAGGGCCUGCCCACGGACACCAGCACCACCGAACUGGAGGGAGAGCUGCGUAGUCGCGGCUACGACCCCCAGUACAUCCGCCCCAUCCAGGGCAGGGUGGGCGGAAUCUUCUUCGUGGAGAUCAGACGGACACUGGGCUUCGAAUCCAUCUACGCCACCACCGAGCUCCUCUGCAUGCCCGGUAUUAAAAUUGAAGCCUGGAGGGGACGAAAAGGAGCUCCUCAAUGUCAUCGCUGCCAGCAGUUUCGGCACAGUAGCCACAACUGCCACCGCCCGGCGGCCUGCGUUCGCUGUGGCGAAAGCCACGCAGCGAAGGACUGCCAGCGACCCCGGGAGGUACCGGCCACGUGCUGCAACUGCGGAGGUGCACACCCAGCCAACAGCCCUUCUUGCCCUGUGAAGUCGCGCGAGUUGCGCAACACAAGGGCAGGCACCGCGCCCUUGACCAGUGCAAGAAGAGCUGCACCUGCGACCUCCACUGUGGACCCGAGCAGCGAACCGACAGCGAGGAGCUCGCUCAUGGCCGCGGCGAACGGCCCGAACGGGCCCAAGCCGCAGAGGCAGAGGCGCUCCCGAAAAAGGGCGACACCCGCCCCCACCGCUACCACCACCGCCGAGCCAAUCGCCGUGGUACCCGUCCCACCGCAGCCCUCUACGUCAACAGAGACAGCAGCCGCCGCCCCUCCCAAGGGGAAGAAGGCGAGGCCCCGAGCGGAGGCACCCCCAGCUCCCUCCAGCGAGAAGCUGGAAGUGUUGGAGCAGACCAUACAGCUGCUCCACAACAUCUUAGCCGCCAUUCGCUCUAGGACUGACCCAGUGCCCAUCAUCGUGGGAGGCCUGGCUUCACUGCUAGGCCAACUCACCGGUGGUUGUUCCCCCGGCGGGAAAGGAGUUCUGACUCCGCCGCCGGGUGAAUCGUCAACUGGGGUGGUGGGGGGUCAUGCCGCCCCCUCCCUCCCCAAACGGCACCCUAAGCGCCCCAGGGUCUUCCGCAGGAGCGCGGCGGCUUCCCUACUUGGGAUUCCGCACCUGCGGGAGACCCUGGCGUCACUGCGCCAACCCGCGCGUGACGCAGUGCGUCCCUCCCCCCCCUCCACGCCGGGGGCGGGGGAGACGUACUUCGACGCGCCCCUCGCCCCUGCGGGCGAGGGCCCCCCGUCACCGGGGCCGUCCCUCUCCAUGCCGGAGCUGGGACCGCCAUCGCCGCCGCCGCGCCGGACAGCGCCGCCGCUGCACUUAGCAGCGGCCCCGUUGCCGCAGCGCCCCUCUCGCGCGAGCCGCUCCCCGGCCCGCUCGACGUCCCCGCCACCGGCCAAGGUGCUCGCCGCCCAGUCCCAGUCCCCGUCUUCGGGAGAGGGCAGGCAUGCCCUUCGACUGCCGGUGCGCGGAGCCGUGUCUCCCCCCCCAGGUCGCGCCCACGCCGGCGCCACGUCAGUCGCCGGAGGCGAUGGACACGCAGCCGUCGUACGCGGCUGCGGCCUCGACGACACCACAGCGGGACGCACAUUCCCCGCUCCAGGCCAAGCCCGCGUCGCAGCCUGCUCCGCCGAAGCGAGAGCGUUACCCCCCUUUGGUGGUGGAGGUACUCCCGGACUGGGCUCGGCAUUUCCGAGCCCUCCGGGAGAAGCUCGGACACCCCCCUAA